GUGACAAAGUCAUAAACCAAGUCACGCUCUGUCCCAGACUCGCCUCAUCCCUGUCCCAGCUCCAGCCCACAACAGGACAUCAAACCCUGGAGUGAGUGCUCCAGCACCUCCCCUGUGACACUCUACCACGGUCCAGUGUGGAGACAGGAAAGGUUUUACACCUCAAUAUGAAGAAAAAACAGUCAGAAAAUUGAGCUAACGGGACACGUCUGCAUACAGAGGCUGCGUUAUACACAAUAACAAAGCGCGUCGUGGGUCAGCUGGUCAGUGCGCGCACGUUAUGUUUUUCCGGCUUUUUUCGGGAGCAUUCGAGUUCUGGAUUUUCAUUGGGAAUCAGAAGCAAAAAAAUCGCAAGAUUUUUGUUCGAACUCCGAUUUGUUCAAAGUCCGGGGCGUUCGAAAACCGAGGUACCACUGUAUAUAAAGGAAGUCUCGAACUGAUCGAUAAUUGAGUAAUUAUUAAGGAUAAAUUAGUUUUUAAUCCAAUGAAACAGCAAACAUAGCAAACAUUGGUUAACCAAUCAGGUGUCAUCUGAAACAAGCAACACCAGUCUGACAAUUAAAUGAAUGGUGUUUGGGUAUCCUCCUGAUCAGUAGCAACAAAAAGCAGCACCCACUGUGGCCCUUUUGUGGAUCAGUUCGGGACCGUGGGUAAGUAUCAAAGAAAAAACACAACAAAACUGAACAAAAAGUCAAGAUUUUUUCUUUUACCAAUACAGUAAUGCUUGAAUAGAAAUUCCAAGUUCGCCCAUUGUUUUAUUAUUUAAAAGAGGGGCACAAUUCUAUUUGCUGAUGUGAAUGAACAAUUACUUGACAUGUAAAACCCAAUUUUAAAAGUUCAGACGACAAAAAAAAGAAAUAUCAGAUGAUCCACACACACAUGUGACAAACAAAAGUUUGGAUCCAGUGUCAUUCACAGUAUGAGUGGUUCAUUGCUUCUUAUUGAUUCUGAAUGUGUCAAUGUCAAAUGUUGUUUUAUUUAUUGUUUGUGCUCAGUCUUAUGAGGACAAGGAAGUGUUCGGAAACGACAUUCUUCUCUCUUGCCUCUCGCUGCAGCUGGUACUGGGCGUGUUGUUGUCAUUUGUGCAAGUCUUUCACAUGAGUACGGAUAAUAUGGAGCAGAGCUCGGCUGAAAAGUUCACCCCAUCAAACGUGGACAUGCAGGGUCAGACCAGAGGAGAACAGCUAAGAGGUGUUGAUGAGGAAGGCAAAGCUCCUCUCUCUACAUCCUCUGUCGGUGAGGAUCAUCACAGCCAGAUCAAAGCUCUGAGCUCAAAGCGACCUCCAUCAUCUGAUCUUGGACUUGGACCUCAGCCUCGACCUCGAGCUGCCUGUGUCUCUCAGAGUGACUGGUCAAUGGCAAGAGGCGUUGACUUCAGAGGUGCGCAGGAGUCGCUAGAUAAGAGAGAAGAUCAAUUGAUCUCAGAUGUCCAGCAGCAUGAGACAGAUGUGGACUCCACAAUGCGGCACUUGGAUAUGAUCGUCCUGACUCAGGUCAAAAGGGAACUGAAAAGAGUCCACAGGUUUCUCAGUCCAGAUGACCAGACACACCUGGAUGAUGAGGAAGAGGAGGAACUGAUGUGUGAAGAGGAGCAGAUGAGGUGCAGCAGAGAAGCAUUCCUGAAGUACAUUGUGAACAUCCUGAGGAGCAUGAAGAACGAGGAGCUUGCUGAUCGUCUGUUGAGCAGAAGUCUUGAUGCAGGGUGUAAAGGACGACUGAAGAGGAGCCUGCAGAAGAAGUUCCACAGAGUUUUUGAGGGAGUUGCUAAAGCAGGAAGCUCCGCCCCUCUGAAUCAGAUCUACACAGAGCUCUUCAUCACUGAGGGGGGCACAGACCGGGUCAACCAGGAGCACGAGGUCCGACAAAUCGAAGCAGCAGCCAGGACCCAGACCAGACCAGAAACUACCAUCAGACCAGAAGACCUCUUUACAGCCUCACCUGACAAAGACCGACCAAUCAGAUGCCUGCUGACGAAGGGCGUGGCUGGCAUUGGGAAGACCCUCCUGACACAGAAGCUGACUCUGGACUGGGCUGAAGACAAAGCCCACCAGAACUUCCACCUUGUGUUUCCUUUCACCUUCAGAGAGCUGAACCUGCUGAAAGAGAAGCAGUUGAGUUUGGUGGAACUUGUUCAUCUCUUCUUUCCUGAAACCAAAGAUUCCGGAUUCAGCAGCUUUGAAGGAGUCCAGGUUCUGUUCAUCUUGGACGGUCUGGACGAGUGUCGACUCCCUCUGGACUUCAAUAGUCGAGUCCUGACAGCAGCUACAGAGUCCACUUCAGUCGAUGUCCUGCUGACCAACCUCAUCAAGGGGAAGCUGCUUCCCUCAGCUCGCCUCUGGAUCACCUCACGACCUGCAGCAGCCAAUCAGAUCCCUCCUGAGUGUGUGGACAUGGUGACAGAGGUCAGAGGGUUCACUGACCUCCAGAAGGAGGAGUACUUCAGGAAGAGGUUCAAAGAUGAGGAGCAGACCACCAUCAUCUCUCACAUCAGGAGCUCACGAAGCCUCUACAUCAUGUGUCACAUCCCCAUCUUCUGCUGGAUCACUGCCUCAGUUCUGGAGGACAUGUUGAAGAGCAGAGAGAGUGGAGAGCUGCCCAAGACCCUGACUGAGAUGUACAUCCACUUCCUGGUGGUUCAUGCCAAAGUGAAGAAACUCAAGUACCAUGGAGGAUCUGGGACAGAUGAAGUUUGGGAUCCUGAGAGCAGGAAGAUGAUUGAGGCUCUGGGAAAACUGGCCUUUGCGCAGCUACAGAGAGGAAACUUGAUCUUCUAUGAAUCAGACCUCACAGAGUGUGGCAUCGACAUAACAGCUGCUGCAGUUUACUCUGGAGUCUUCACUCAGAUCUUCAGAGAGGAGAGAGGACUGUACCAGGACAAGGUUUUCUGCUUUAUCCACCUGAGUCUCCAGGAGUUCCUGGCUGCUCUUCAUGUCCACCUGAAGUUCUUCAACUCAGGAGUCAAUGUGCUCGAUUCACAACAAACACAGAAAGUGCCAAGACUCUUGAGAAACAAACUCCACACGGAACAGUUCUACCUGAGAGCCAUGAACGAAGCUGUGAAAAGUUCAAAUGGACAUCUGGACCUGUUCCUGCGCUUCCUUCUGGGUCUUUCUCUGCCGACCACCCAGAGCCUCUUCCCUGGAUUGUUGACUCAGACAGGAAUUCACUCUUGGACCCACCAGGACACAGGAAAGCUCAUCAAGAAGAAGAUCAGCAAGAAAGUGUCUCCAGAGAGAAUCAUCAACCUGUUCCACUGUCUGAAUGAAGUGAAGGACACUUCUCUGGUGGAAGAGGUCCAACAGCAGCUGAGAUCAGGGGGUCUGUCCACAGAUCAACUGUCUCCUGCUCAAUGGUCCGCUCUGGUCUUCAUCUUAGUCUCCUCAGAGGAGCAUCUACGUGUCUUUGACCUGCAGAAAUACUGUGCUUCAGAGGAGGCUCUUGAGAGGCUGCUGCCAGUGGUCCAGGCUUCAAAUGAAGUUCUACUGAGAGACUGUCGACUGUCAGAGAGAAGUGGAUCUCUUCUGGCCUCCGUCCUCAGCUCUCCCUCCUCUAGUCUGACACACCUGGACCUGAGCAACAACACCCUGUUUGAUUCAGGAGUGGAGCUGCUGUCUGCUGGACUGGAGAGUCCUCACUGUCACCUGGAGACUCUCGGCCUGAGCUUCUGUCAUCUGUCAGAGAGAAGUGGAUCUCUUCUGGCCUCAGUCCUCAGCUCUCCCUCCUCUUGUCUGACACACCUGGACCUGAGCAACAACAAGCUGGAGGAUUCAGGAGUGGAGCUGCUGUCUGCUGGACUGGAGAGUCCACACUGUCACCUGGAGACUCUCAGGCUGGUCUGCUGUCAGCUGACAGAGAGAAGUGGAUCUCUUCUGGCCUCAGUCCUCAGCUCUCCCUCCUCUUGUCUGACACACCUGGACCUGAGCAACAACAACCUGUUUGAUUCAGGAGUGGAGCUGCUGUCUGCUGGACUGGAGAGUCCACUGGAGACUCUCAGGCUGGUCUGCUGUCAGUUGACCGAGAGAAGUGGUUCCCUUCUGGCCUCAGUUCUCAGCUCUCCCUCCUCUUGUCUGACACACCUGGACCUGAGCAACAACAACCUGUUUGAUUCAGGAGUGGAGCUGCUGUCUGCUGGACUGGAGAGUCCACUGGAGACUCUCAGCCUGAGCUUCUGUCAACUGUCACAGAGAAGUGGUUCCCUUCUGGCCUCAGUCCUCAGCUCUCCCUCCUCUAGUCUGACACACCUGGACCUGAGCUACAACAAGCUGAAGGAUUCAGGAGUGGAGCUACUGUCUGCUGGACUGAAGAGUCCACACUGUCACCUGGAGACUCUCAGGCUGCGCUUCUGUCAUCUGUCAGAGAGAAGUUGUUCACUUCUGGCCUCAGUCCUCAGCUCUCCCUCCUCUAGUCUGAUACAACUGGACCUGAGCUACAACAAAUUGCGGGACUCAGGAGUGGAGCUGCUGUCUGCUGGACAGCAGAGUCCACACUGUCACCUGAAGUCUCUCGGGUCAGAACACCUUUCGGCUUCUCCCUUCGGGGGUCGCCACAGCGGAUCAUCUUCCUUCAUCUCACCCUGUCCUUUGCUUUCUCUACUCUCAAACCUACAAAGGUCAUGUCCCAGAGAGAAGCUCAGCAUCUUCAUCUCUGCUACCUCCAGCUCUGCCUCAUGUUUUUCCUCAGUGCCACUGUUUCCAAACCAUACAACAUUGCUGGCCUCACCGCCCUUUUGUCACACAUCACACCUGGCACUUUUCUGCAAUGAUUCUAUCUUGCUUGCAACCGCUUCUUCACCUCUUUCUCACACUCUCCAUUGCCCUGGACAAUUCAGCCUAGAUACUUAAAAUCCCCCACCUUCUUCAUCUCUGUAUCCUGUAACUUCACCUGUCCACUUGGCUUCCUCUCAUUCUCACACAUAUAUUCCGUCUUACUGCAGCUAACCUUCUUUCCCCUCCUUUGUAAGGCAGACCUCCACCUCUCUAGCCUAUCUUCCACUGGCUCCCUGCUCUCACCACAGAUCACAAUGUCAUCUGCAAACAUCAUCGUCCAAGCGGCUUCUUGUCUAACCUCAUCUGUCAAUCUGUCCAUCACCAUGGCAAACAAGAAGAAAGGCUGAGACUUGGUGCAGUCCCACCUCCACCUUGAACUCCUCUGUUACACCUGCACCAAACCUCACCACUGUCUCACACCUGGCACACAUGUCCUGCACCACUCCACAAAACCACCAUAAUUGAUUUCUUUCAAAUUUAUUAAAAAUAAAAAACAUGUACAUAAGUAUUCACAGCCUUUGCCAUGAAGCUCAAAAAUGAGCUCAGGCGCAUCUUCUUUCCGCUGAUCAUCCUUGAGAUGUUUCUAUAGCUUAAUUGGAGUCAAACUGUGGUAAAUUCAGUUGAUUUGACAUUAUUUGGAUAGGCACACAGCAAGUUCCCACAGUUGACAGUGCAUGUCAGUGCACAAACCAAGCAUGAAGUCAAAGGAAUUGUCAAUAGACCUCCGAGACGGGAUUGUCACGAGGCACAAAUCUGGGGAAGGAUACAGAAAAAAUUUCUGCUGCUUUGAAGGUCCCAAUGAGCACAGUGGCCUCCAUCAUCCGUAAAUGGAAGAAGUUCGGGACCACCAGGACUCUUCCGAGAGCUGGCUGCCCAUCUAAACUGAGCGAUCUGGAGAGAAAGGGAUCGGGAUGUGACUAAGAACCUGAUGGUCACUCUGUCAGAGUUCCAGCGUUCCUCUUUGGAGAGAGGAGAACCUUCCAAACGGACAACCAUCUCUGCAGCAAUCCAUCAAUCAGGCCUGUAUGGUAGAGUGGCCAGAUGGAAGCCACUCCUCAGUAAAAGGCACAUGGCAGCCCGUCUGGAGUUUGCCAACAGGCACCUGGACCAUGAGAAACAAAAUUCUCUGGUCUGAUGAGACAAAGAUUGAACUCUUUGGCGUGAAUGCCAGGCGUCAUGUUCAGUGGAAACCAGGCACCGCUUAUCACCAGGCCAAUACCAUCCCAGCAGUGAUGCAUGAUGGUUGCAGCAUCAU